GGAAGGAGCGGGAUCAACGGCAGCGGCUCGAGUAUAGCAGCCUGGUUCGUAUCGGAUCAUCCAUUGACCGAGCCUGCCUGUCUGACGGCCACCGACACAGCGGCCGGUUGGCCGCCUGCCUGACUGCGGUGGCCCGGAAAGCAGGCUGCAGCAACCCCCGAGCCUGGAACAAAAGCAGGCGAUCACGCUAAGGGAGACCCGAGUAAUGGAGGAGUGCAAGUUGAAAGCAGUCACUCCAGCGAAGAAACUGGUCCAAGCACGAUUGCCUUUUAAACGUCUCAAUCCUGUACCAAAGCCAGAAAAUGAACAGACUACUGAUACUAAGCGGGCAAAAAUUUCUACUAAUGCACCUGAGCAACUGGCGGCAGUCAAAUUGAUUGCAUCUGAUGAAGAUGUUGAAAAUGACUGCAAAAUAAACUUGGAUGGCCAAACUGGAAAUUCUGCAACAGUGGAUGGGGACCUGACUCCCUGCAAACUUGUUAAUGGGAAAGGACCUCUUGAUGAUUUCUUGCAAACCAUUGAGAAGAAUGCCAUGGUUAAGAUGCACACUAGUGAACACCAUUCCACAAUUGACUUAACAUGUGAUUCUAGCAAUGAAGUUUUGGACAGCAUAGACACAGGUGUAAAACUUCUGGCUUGUGAAAAAGAGCUAAAUGAGAAAACAAAUGUUGGUUCUGAAAGAAAAUGUAACUGGCUUGGUGGCCUGAAGUCUAGUGAAAGUAAAGAGUUAAAUUCCAGAAGUUCAGCCCCUGGCCAGAUCAUCAGGGAAAAUAAACCUUAUCAAGGACAAGAAAUUGAAAGCAAUAGCCCAAUUGUGAACAGUGGCUUGAGAGGCAGGGUGCCAGUGGUGGUUUUAAAAGACAUAAUGGCUGACAAGGCCUGCUGGACUGGGAAUCUAGAGAAGGGCAUAGUGCAAGUAGGAGGACCUGGGGCAUUUACAAAUGAAAGCAGUGAGUCACCCAUCAGUUCUCUAUCAAGUUCUAUUUUGGCUACUGAUAGCUCACCAGAAGCAAGGUCUCCAGCGGAUGAAGGAAGUCCCAGAUCUGCAUUCUCAACAUCUGGAAGCAAGGUUACACAAACACCAAAGUUGCAGGGCAAGAGACUCAAGCAGCAACAGGAACGUGAACAGAAAAGGCUAAAACUAAAAAUAGAAAAGGAAGAGCGGGAGCGUGCAAGAGAAGAGGCCAGACUUGCCAAAGAACGUGCAAAGGAAGAAGCUAAGAGGAAAAAGGAUGAGGAAAAAGAACAAAAAGACAAGGAAAGGAGAGAGAAAAAAGAGAAAGAAGAAAAAGAAAAAGCAGAACGGCUAAGAUUAAAGGAAGAAAGACGGAAAGAAAAACAAGAUGCAUUGGAGGCAAAAUUGGAAGAAAAGAAAAAGAAGGAAGAGGAGAAACGGUUGAAAGAAGAAGAAAAACGUUUGAAGGCAGAGAAAGUUAAAGAGAUUUCAGAAAUAACAAGAUUCUUCCAAAAACCAAAGGCUCCACAAGCCCCUAAGACUCUAGCUGGAUCUUGUGGGAAGUUUGCCCCUUUUGAAAUCAAAGAACACAUGGCACUUGCUCCAACAAGCCGGAUAUACUUAGAUCAAGAAGAUCUUGAACAGUUAGAUGAAUUGCUCGAACGUCAGAGUUUUAAUUCUAAUUACAUUAAAGAAUUGCACAACCAGAAACCAAGAACAUCAGGACCUACAAGUCCUAAGAUAAGCAUCACUGAUGAGAAUUUGUGCAGCAAUGAUGUGAUUGUGAUUGACACUAAUGUAAGUAGUGGAAUCAUUGAGCGGAAAAAGUUUUGCAGGAUGAAGUUACUACAGUUUUGUGAAAAUCACCGUCCUGCCUACUGGGGAACCUGGCAGAGGAAAAGUACAAAGGUGAACCCUCGGAAUCCUUUGGCUAAAGAUGAGCACUUGUUGGAUUAUGAAGUGGAUAGUGACGAUGAAUGGGAGGAAGAAGAACCUGGUGAAUCUCUCUCCCACAGUGAAGGAGACGAUGAUGAUGAAGCAGACGAUGAAGAUGAUGAUGAUGGAUUUUUCGUCCCUCAUGGCUAUCUGUCUGAAGGAGAAGGUGCAACUGAUGAAGAAGGUGAAAAUCCUGAAAAGCAGAAAAUUCGUCAGAAAAUGAAAGCAAAGGAAUGGGAUGAAUUGAUGAAAGGAAAGAAAUUUCAGGUGCUGCAGCCUACCCUGAUCGGAUGUUUUUGGGAGAGCAACAGUACUGUUUUACAGAGUUCGGCCAUGAAGAUACUUCAACAAUUUUCAGUCUGUCUGUUUGAAAACCAAAUGGAGGAUGAACAGAUACAAGAAAUACACAAUGGAAAGUUAAAAGAGGAACAAAUAUUAAUAAGUCUGCUUCCACUUCUUCAUGGAAAUGUGAAUGGCAGAAAGGCCAUUAUCAAAGAAUUUCAGGAAUGGUACAAACAGAAACCUUCUGCACACAUGCUUGCAUUUGCUGCUUCUGAUUCCUCGGGUCCUGUAGGAUCUGAUGCCUCCAGACCUCAGACUCCUACAGUGGAUGAUGACUUGACCAUUCCAUCCAAGGCAAAAUUGCAGCGGCUUAUUUCAGAAAAUGGAGUGUAUGAGAAAAGAACAGCUUUCAGGCUGAAGUGCUGGUAUGUACAUGAAGAGGUGCUAAAAAAAUUUAGGAUGGAGAAUCUUCCUGUUCCAGGACAGUGGCAUUAUCUCACACAAGUCCAAUCUGCAGUCAAGGAGGAAAAUACCAUUCCAGCAGGAAGUGGACAGAAUUCUCCUUGUUUGGGAAGGAAUACAGGGCAAUGUUUAACUGGCUCAAGCAAGAGGAAAGCUGCUGGAAGUAUGUCAAUCAAACAGUUUAUGCACAAGUUUGCUGAUGGUCAGGCUGAAGUAAUGGAGACAGAUGGUUUUCAAGCAGAUACAGAAGAGGAUGAUGAUGCAGACUGUGUUAUUGUUGAAGUACACACAAAUAGUCCUGCUCCAAACAGAGAAGAGAGUAAGGAGCAAUCCGCAGACUUAUGCGCUGGAUUGGUGAAGAGAGAAGAAAUGCCAAACAGAUCUAUCUCUGGACUGGUCAGCAGUGAGGCACAGCCUGUCGUGUUGUGUUGUGGUUUAGCAGCUGGUGAUGCUCAGUCCACAGAGCCGAGCUCAGACCUGGCCACUGAAGAGACAAUGGACAUUGAACCCUGUGAAAAUGCUGCUGUCAAACUUCCCAACAGACCCUGAAUUGAUUUAAGAUAUAUAUAUAUAUACUAACAGCUGUAUGUAUGUAGGCUACUUUUUAGAAACUUUUUAAAACAACAUUUUUUUCUGUAUCAUUUCAUAAACAUCAACUUAAAAUACUUGAAGUUCUGUUUAAAAAAAAAAUAAAAUGGCACUUUUGCAA